ACAAAUAGAUUUCCACAGCGAGCCCUGCACUGAACUGCUAAUUCCUCCGAACCUCAUGACCAUGACUCAGGAGGCUGAGCUGCAGCCUCACGGCCGCGCUGUGAUUUCCCUCCACACGGGCAGCAGCGGCGCAGUCUCACUCCGGGGCGGCCUGCAGCGCGCAGUGUACCUUUAAAAGGUUGAACCUUGCAGCCUGCGAACACUGGAUUUGUUUCCUCACUCGGCUCAGCUGUGUGUACCUUCAAGCAGUGACAUGGCAUAGAGUCUGUCCGCAGCAGCAGCAGCAUCAUCCUGCACCAUGGACGCUCUCCCACAGCCGAGGCGCAGCGGAGCUUUAUCCGCGCUGCACUCGAUGAUGAUGCCCGUGUGGAUCCUCCUGAGCGCAGUGACCGCCGGACUGAAGGCGGAGGACGGAGGAAUGGAAGAACUCACCACCGAGAAGGAGGCAGAGGAAAGUCACCGACAGGACAGCGUUAAUUUGCUGACAUUCAUUUUACUGCUGACCUUAACCAUUCUCACCAUAUGGCUCUUCAAGCACAGACGGGUCCGUUUCCUGCACGAAACCGGACUGGCGAUGAUUUACGGUUUGCUGGUAGGUGUGAUUCUGCGCUACGGCAUCCCGGCCACCAGCUACCACAACAAGACCCCCCCGAGCUGCUCGCUGAAGGAGGGGCCCGUCAGCACCGUGCUGCUGAACAUCAGCGGGAAGUUCUUCGAGUACACGCUGAAAGGAGAGAUCAACUCCAGAGAGAUCCACAAUGUGGAGCAGAACGACAUGCUGCGCAAGGUGACAUUCGACCCUGAAGUGUUCUUCAACAUAUUGCUGCCUCCGAUUAUUUUCCAUGCAGGCUACAGUCUGAAGAAGAGACACUUCUUCAGGAACAUGGGCUCCAUCAUCACCUACGCGUUUCUUGGCACUGCCAUCUCGUGCUUUGUAAUUGGGAAUCUGAUGUACGGCGUGGUCAAACUGAUGCAGGCGUUCGGACAGCUGACGGACAAGUUCUACUACACGGACUGCCUCUUCUUCGGUGCCAUCAUCUCCGCCACAGAUCCAGUGACGGUGUUGGCCAUCUUUAACGAGCUCCACGCAGACGGGGAUAUCUACGCGCUGCUGUUUGGAGAAAGUGUGAUGAACGACGCGGUGGCCAUCGUGCUUUCCUCCUCCAUCAUGGCCUACCAGCCCAGCGGCACCAACACACACAUGUUUGAUGCCGCCGCCUUCUUCAAGUCGGUGGGGGUGUUCCUGGGUAUCUUCAGCGGCUCCUUCGUGAUGGGUGUAGCCACAGGCGUCGUCACCGCUCUCGUCACCAAGUUCACCAAGCUGCACUGUUUCCCGCUGCUGGAGACGGCGCUCUUCUUCCUCAUGUCCUGGAGCACCUUCCUGCUGGCCGAGGCCUGCGGCUUCACAGGUGUUGUGGCCGUGCUGUUCUGUGGCAUCACGCAGGCUCACUACACCUACAACAACCUCUCUGCAGAGUCCACGAAGCGCACCAAGCAGCUGUUCGAGGUGCUUCACUUCCUGGCUGAGAACUUCAUCUUCUCCUACAUGGGUUUGGCUCUGUUCACCUUCCAGAAUCACAUCUUCAGCCCCAUUUUCAUCAUCGGGGCGUUUAUCGCCAUCUUCAUCGGAAGAGCUUUCAACAUUUACCCGCUGUCCUUCUUCCUCAACCUCGGCAGGAGGCACAAGAUCAAAGGGAACUUCCAGCACAUGAUGAUGUUUGCAGGUCUGCGCGGGGCGAUGGCCUUCGCUCUGGCGAUCCGUGACACGGCCACCUACGCCCGGCAGAUGAUGUUCACCACCACGCUGCUCAUCGUCUUCUUCACUGUCUGGGUGUUCGGCGGGGGGACGACGCCCAUGUUGUCCUGGCUGCACAUCAGAGUUGGAGACACCGAGUCAUUGCAGGAAGAGCACCGUCAGCUUGGAGCGCUGGAGUACUUCAGGUGCCGUAUCUGA